AUGAGCCGCACCGACGACACAACAUGGGGCCCUCGGCCAGGUCGAAGCGACAAUCCUGAAGAAGCAAAGGAACAGCAAGCCUACACUGGUGGAUCUGUGUCCAACCACGGGCCUCCUGCCCGAGACGAUACCGCGCCCGCACGAAUCAACCGGCCUCCUCCCUCUAAGCUGCUCUCGCGAGAAGAGACCUUACAGCUUACCAAAAACGCUGUUGAAAAUGGGCUCCAAGAGACCAAGCGGUCCUUGGCUGGUAGCGAAGCAGUGGGAGAUGUGGUGCGGCCUAAAUUAACAAUUGAUCUUGGGCACAAGAAUAUCGGCUGGGUCCCCGAUGAAAUAGUGGAUAUCAUAAAGGACGAAGUUGCAAGGCUGUCAUUGUCGAACAACUAUAUCGACCAGAUCCCUUGUCGAUUUCAAGAAUGCAUCCAUCUCCGGUAUCUCAAUAUUAGAGCAAACAACUUUACGGAAUUUCCAAAAGGGGUCUAUAACCUCUCCUUUCUCGAAAUUCUUGACGUGAGCCGGAAUAAGAUCACAAAAAUCCCUGAAGAAAUACGAAAUCUUACGUCUUUACGAGUCCUUUCAGUCAUGCAAAACCUCCUAGAAGACCUCCCGAGCGAAUUAUCCGAUAUGAAUAAACUCCAAGUGUUAAAGGUGUCUGGGAACUCGCUGAGAUACCCCCUGAAGCGGAUUAUAGACAUGAAAGAAGCAGAUAUAACGACUACCGAGAUGACUGAUAACGAAAAGGAAAGCGCAUUAACGGCAGAGCUCAAAAAAUAUUUGAAAAGCAGACAGCCUGCUCUCCUUGAUAUCGACAGCAUAACAGAUAUAAGUGAUAGCGCAAUGGAAACACCGAAACCACCAAAGAGAGGAAACAGAUUCCCGGUCAUUCCCCGUUCUAAUGGCACGGAGUCAUCGCAGGAUUCGAAAUCACCAUCGUACUCGCGACCUCCUCCCAUCCCUAUUCGCUCCCACCAUCGAAUGGCAUCUGGUCAGAGUAGUUUUGGGAAUAGCAGUAUGAGUCGAUUCAGAUUCCCUUCAGCCAGUGAACGGAACCGAAGUAAUAGCGAAGGAGUCAUUCAGGGCCCAGGCUCUUUGCAAAACAGACGCCUGGGCAUGGUGAGUCGAAUGAAUGACCUAGGUACACUAGACGAAGUCCGGCCGUAUCGCAAUAGCCACUUACGUGGCUUAAGCCAUGGCUCUUUGCUUCGAAACCAACAUAGCACGAACUCAAAUAGCAGCAACUGCUCUAGCCCAGGUAGCCCCAAAGACCGAAGGCGGUUGCGCGAAGGCUUUGUUCGGCGUAUGUCAAGUUUGCCAGAAUACAAAAUCGAAAGAAAAACAAAGGUCCCCAUCAUGGAAGCCGCCAAAACCCUUCUUUACUCACUUUAUCAAGUUCACCCUCAUAUAUCGGCUCUAAUCAACGUGAUCAGGACCGAGGAGUGCAGGAGGACUAGUCUCGAAAUUGUGUUCUACAACGCAUCCACUCACAUAGAGCAGCUCAACGAAGCGCUUGAGGUUGCUGAAGGGGCUAAUUUACAGGAUGUCGAUACGAUGAAGCGGCUAUCGGAGGCCGUCAAACAUGAAUGCGAUACAUGCAUCAAUGCGUACAUACAUGUUGCUACGCAGUUCCGCCAUAAUAUUGCCAAGAUAAUAUCUCUUGUUGAUCCAAAGUACGUAAGAUCAUUGAUACUCAUGAUAUACGGGAGUAUAGCCGAACUCCGCAACGUUUACGUCAACCUUGGAAUCAACUUUAAAGGCAAACGACAAACGGGCCUGAUGAAACAGGGGAUUUCGGAUACGGCCAGGAAAGUUCCUCCUAUCAAUACUUGCGAUCGAGCAGUCACUCCCCCAACUCGUGAGCGGCUCCAACCUCUUAGACGGCUUAGAAGCGAGACGGCGAUUCAACAACAGAACCCCGUUCCUAUUCUCUCUAAUCCAUCCAAUCCUAAUGCAAACGGCUUCCCAGGUCUUACGAGUCAGCCUUGGCUUUCAACCACGAGCAUGGGAACUCGAAGCCGCUCAAGCAGCAGGUCCAACACUCUCUUGACUUCCUCGGGACCCUCAUCUCUGGCCAAUACUCCUCGGUCUGGCGAAUCAUUUGGCACCCUUCCCACGUCAACAAUUAGCCGUAUCAACCCGAAUACAGGGCUAGACGAGUACGAAGAAGAAAGAAUUUUUGAAAAGAUAUUCGUCCAGCUUACUGCUGCCUACCGAGCUGUACUGCAAGCCGUUCCUGUCGCGUCCCAUCAAUUUUUACAGUGCUUAGAACUAGCCGAGUCAACGAAAGCCCCGCAACCAAUUCAUUCACUGUUAAAUAAACUCAUUUCCCGUUGUCGUACCUGUAUCRAUGUCGCCGAAGCACUUCAAAUACGGUUAUCAACCAUGAAACUAAAGGAGCCCGGGGGUGGGAUGAGAAACCAGCGUGAAUUUUGGCAACUAUGCAAAACUUUCUUACAGUCGUUUGUUGAACUGGUGAUCGACAUGCGAGAAGCCAAAAAUCUCCGGCUGCUUCCACCAGACAUAGUCGCCAUUCUCCGACCUGUCCAGAAAGCCAGCAGGGAGGCGGGCAGGCUAAUAGACUCCUCACCCUGGUCCUAUCUUGCGGACUUGAAUACAUCCAAUCCAUCGACAGUUCUCCCACCAUCCAUGCACCCUCAUCAUAUGCAAACAUAUUCUAGUUCGACAAUGGGCUCAGGGACCACGGGAUCUCUUUCUUUGACGACGGGAUCAUCGCCCCAGUCUAGCGCGAUGCCAGCCACACCAUUGAGUGCCGCUUUAGGCCCUGCAGCCCAAGCCACGGUGCCAUCCGCCCCGGUCAGCGCAUGUAGUGAUCGGUUCUUUGCGGGCAACUUAUAUGAGAGGGCGGAUUCGCUGCUAUCGAUGUCCGGACCGGUACCUCUCUUUGUUCGUCGAUGA